UAUAAGAAGAAUUGAGAAUAUCAUCGCCUAAUGAAAGUAUAAUUUUUUGCCUUCAACAGGUUUUACUACAAGCUAUUUGAGCAAUCAUACGGCGCAACAUCUGGUGAGCAAAUGUAUGUAGAUCUGGAGAGCAGGAUACAUCAAUAUAAUGAAGAACAGCACCAGACGUGUGCAAAAAUUGAGCAGACAUCGGACAACCAAACUGUCAUUGCCAUAUGUACACCUGUCAUGAAACGAGUGCACGGCAAAGUGAAACACAGUGGAGAGAUGGUUUUUGUUGACUCUAGUGGUAACUGUGACAGGCAUAAUAGCCGGAUUUUCGUAAUGUUAACUCAUUCAUCUGCAGGAGGGCUGCCACUAGGGAUCGUAGUGACGACUUCAGAAUCGCAAUCGACCAUAACAGCUGGUUUUGACCUCUUGAAGUCUAUACUACCUGAGGAUGCAUUCCAUGGAAGAGGUGUCAAUGGUCCUCAAGUCGCCAUGACGGAUGACUGCAAGUCGCUUCGUCAAGGACUGCAUGCAGUUUACCCAGAAUGCUCAUUGAUACUGUGCGUCUUCCAUCUUCUGCAGGCAAUGUGGAGGUGGUUGUGGGAUGCGCAUAGUGGCAUCCGAAAGCAAGACCGUCCCUAUCUUCUCAGACUCUUCAAAAGUCUUGUGUAUGCUGAGAGCCUUGGUGACCUGAAUGCACGGCAAGAUCAUCUGGCGAAUGAUGAAAUCGUUCGCAAGUAUCCCAAGUUCCGGGCCCAUGUAGACACGGUAUACCAGAGACGUGAGGCGUGGGCACUGUGUCUACACAAGGAGCUACCAACGCGAGGGAAUGUGACCAACAACUUUGUAGAGAGCGCUAUGAGGAUCAUUAAAGAGAAGGUCUUUCAGCGCUUGAAGGCGUACAAUGUCACGCAAGCGGUGCACUUUCUCUGCACCCGGAUGGAAGACUACUACAUUCGUAGGCUGAUCGAUGUUGCCAACAACAGGAUGGCUAACCCUUCCCAGUCAAAGUACAAUGCACGCGAUGGUGAUGUCAACUUGGACAAUAUCGUCAAGGAAGGUGACACAAGCUUCACUGUACCUAGCGCAUCAUCAGGGAGACUGUAUGUCGAUAUUUUCUUGGGUACAUGCACCUGUCCGAUUGGAAUCACCGGUGGACCAUGUAAACAUCAGAGUGCAGUCACAAAGAAGUUCCAUGUUGAGAGCACAAACUUCUUACCAACAUUUUCACCUAAUCUGAGGAAAAUGUAUUAUAUCAUUGCAACAGGCAGAGAUGAUAUACCUGAUGAUUGGUUCGCUAGUCUCCACAACGCUGAUGAUCAAGUUCCAUCCAAUGAGCACCAGGGGGACGAUAUGAUGGGCCCAAGCACAUCAUCCAUCCAAGAUCCUCAGAUACGUGCGAUAGAGUCUCUGGGAUUACAAAGGUCUUUCGACAAUUCGUUUUCACAGAGGGGACGAAGGAUCGAGACAUCUGUUGGCGAUGAAGAUCUUUCUCAAAAGCUUCACAACUUUGUCGAUACUCUAACAACCAAGCUGAGAGAAGAUGGUGAUUCUUUCAGAGGCCCCUUGACUAAGUUUGUCCGACGCGUUGAGAACAUCACCACAGAUAGCACUCUCAUAUCUGCCUUGGUAACAUUUGGCAAGUACAGUGGCUAUGCGGUUUCUAAGAAAGCAAAACGUGGCAACAGAUCCGGCCUGCAAACUUCCACCCAGAUUGGGGUGCAGCCCACUGCUGUAAGCAGGCGAAAGGCUGCUUUAGGUGGAAGAAGGGCAUUAAUUACUGGUCGCCCUGUAAAAAUUAAUCAAAAGGAGCAUGGUUAUGCUAAGGUGCAGAAGCGUGGUUCUGCAGUAAAGAGGGGUGUGCUUCCCCAAAAUCCACGGCCUGCAUCACAUUCUCUAUCUCAUUGUGUUGAAUCAAAUGUUACACUGGGUAAGAGGCAUUCAGCUGGGCAUUAAAAGUGUUAGUUUGCCAUAUACAUGUACAUGUACGUUGACCGAGAUAUUCUGGAAUUCAUGGAUGUAAUAUUUAUUUUGUUGCAUUUGAGGACUAUAUGUAGUACGUGUAUUACAGUAAUAUGAUCUUUACGUUUGAUUAUUGCCUGUUUCUCAGUUACAAAAUAGUGUAGACAAAGCUAAUUAAGAUCAUCUAUUACACUUGAUCUCUAGCCGCAGAUGGACUGUGAGAAAAAUCUUGAAAAUUUACAGUCCCAUAUUUAAGUAAACAUAAUAUCUCCUUUUAUAUAUUUCAUACAUCUUUUCCAAGUUCAGCGGAUUUUUGCACAAGAGUUUCGAAUGAUAGAUAGAUCCCCACCCAAUUUUUUUUUAAACCUUAAUUUUGAAGAUUUAUAACUUCCAUGCGUAUAUAUCUUUGCAAGCUGUCGGUGAAAACAAUUUGACAUUAGAAUAAAAUAUUUUCUUUUAAUCUUGUCCACG